AUGUUUGACAACGGAGAACUGGAAGACAAGCCACCAGCUCCUCCUGUCCGGAUGAACAGUGUUAUCAUCGGCUCAGGGGGCAAAGACCAGUUGUCUGCCAACCACAGCUUGAAACCCCUGCCCUCUGUACCAGAAGAGAGAAAAUCUCGAAAUAAAAUCAUCUGCAUGUUCUCUGGCACUGAAAAAGGAAGCAAGAAGAAGGAAAAGGAAAGGCCAGAAAUCUCUCCCCCAUCCGACUUUGAGCAUACCAUCCAUGUUGGCUUUGAUGCUGUUACCGGAGAGUUCACUGUAACCUAUUUUAUUCAGGGAAUGCCAGAGCAAUGGGCUCGAUUACUUCAGACAUCAAACAUCACGAAGCUAGAACAGAAGAAAAACCCCCAGGCAGUACUAGAUGUGCUGAAAUUCUACGACUCCAAAGACACAGCAAAACAGAAGUAUCUGAGUUUUUCUGCUCCAGGUGAGAUCCAAAUGUGUUCUUCUUCCACGUUAUUUCUGAAGAUAACAAAUGCCAAAGGUUCAGAACCAUCAACAGCUGUGGUAGAUGAUGAUGACGAUGAUGAAGAGGCUCCUCCUCCUGUUAUUGCUCCACGGCCAGAUCACACGAAAUCGAUUUACACACGGUCUGUAAUCGACCCCAUCCCAGCACCAUCCGGUGACACUUCUGUAGACAGUGUGACAAAAUCCGGUGAUAAGCAGAAAAAGAAGACCAAAAUGUCAGAUGAAGAGAUCAUGGAAAAACUACGCACUAUUGUGAGCAUAGGAGAUCCCAAGAAAAAAUACACUAGAUAUGAGAAAAUCGGGCAGGGGGCUUCAGGUACAGUGUUCACAGCUAUUGAUGUGGCAACGGGGCAGGAGGUUGCUAUUAAACAGAUAAACCUGCAGAAGCAGCCCAAGAAAGAGUUGAUUAUUAAUGAGAUCUUGGUAAUGAAGGAGCUAAAGAAUCCAAACAUAGUCAACUUCCUGGACAGUUACCUCGUAGGAGACGAAUUGUUUGUGGUGAUGGAGUAUCUAGCUGGAGGCUCACUAACAGAUGUGGUCACAGAAACAUGUAUGGAUGAAGCACAGAUUGCUGCUGUUUGCAGAGAGUGCUUGCAAGCGCUUGAGUUCCUACAUGCCAACCAGGUCAUCCACAGGGACAUCAAGAGUGACAAUGUGCUGUUAGGCAUGGAUGGAUCAGUUAAACUAACCGACUUUGGUUUCUGUGCUCAGAUCACCCCAGAGCAGAGCAAGCGCAGCACUAUGGUUGGAACUCCCUACUGGAUGGCUCCUGAAGUGGUCACAAGGAAAGCAUAUGGCCCUAAAGUGGAUAUCUGGUCUCUGGGCAUCAUGGCUAUUGAGAUGGUGGAAGGAGAACCCCCGUACCUCAAUGAAAACCCCCUGAGGGCUUUAUAUUUGAUAGCAACUAAUGGCACACCAGAGCUGCAGAACCCUGAGAAACUGUCCCCAAUAUUCCGGGAUUUCUUGAACCGAUGUUUGGAGAUGGAUGUAGAGAAAAGAGGAUCAGCCAAAGAAUUGCUGCAGCAUCCCUUCCUGAAACUGGCCAAACCUCUGUCUAGCUUGACGCCACUGAUCCUGGCAGCCAAAGAAGCAAUGAAGAGUAACCGCUAACAUUACUGCC